AUGGAAAAAUUUGAGAGAAAAUUAACUCAAUUUUUUCAUCGCAUUGUUAUGACAACACAGGAAGUAUUUAUGGAUUCUUAUAUAUCACAAAGUAUUUCAAAUGCAUACUCAAGUCCUCCUCUAUAUCGGCCAUAUGUUAAACCUCAUGAUUUUGUACAGAAAAAUUUAUAUUCUUUAAUUCCAGGAAAUUUAUGGGAAGCAGCGACCGGCGAAAAAGUCAAAAUAGACCAAAUUAUUACUCAAAAUGCUAUAAGUGUCCUUUCAGCUAAUCAAGAAGAUCCGAGACGUUACGUAAAUAUGGCAAAAGACAGACAAAACUGCAGAAAACUACAGGACGAUCUACAAUUUGGAACUGAUAAAUUCAGAAAUAUAGUUUUAAAUUCAUUAAUUCCAUAUCUUGGAGAAUUAUAUUGCGAUCCUUCAGCAAAUUUUGUUGUACAGAAGCUCCUCGAUUAUGCUACAAGAGAACAAAAGAUAUCUUUCUUAAAUGCGUUUAAAAAAGAUCCUCUUGAAAUUGCAAAUCAUCCUUGUGGGAGUAGAGUGAUGCAGAAGUUUAUUGAGUGCGCGGAUACUGAUCUAGUUGACGAAUUAUAUGUAUUUUUGUCCUCAUCGAUAUUAGAUUUAUGUCAAUCUUUGCAUGGAAAUCGAAUUGUCCAACAAUUCAUCGAUAUUUUGCCGAAUCGCGUACCGGAAAUCAUUAAAUGUAUCAUGCCAUACACGAUUUCAUUGGUCGCUGAUAACUGCGGGUGCAGAGUUGUUCAACACCUUUUUCAACCAUUCGAUCAAAAUAAAUUAGCGCCUUUGAUUUCGGAAGUUAUCAAGGCUGCACCUCAACUAACGGCGAACCAAUAUGGUAAUUAUGUCAUACAGAAUAUUAUAGAUGACGGAAAUGAAGAACAAGUUGCAGAAUUAAUCAAAUCUUACAAAGGUUACUAUUAUUCAUUUUCGAUACAUAAAUUUGCAUCUAAUGUAAUAGAACGAUGCAUAAGACGAGCUAAUCAGGCUCAAAGAGAAUUUAUUUUUGCAGAUAUUAUCGGAGUUGAAGAAAAUUACAAUUACGAUCGUAUUUACAGCCUUAUAACCGAUAAAUUUGGCAACUAUGUGAUACAAAGAAUCCUUGAAUUUGGUUCGGAUUCCCGGAUUAACGCAAUCUAUGACGUUGUAGAUAAGAAUUAUGAUGAAUUGCAGGAUGUCGGAUACGCAAAGCAUGUAAUUACCAAGCUUAAAGCAUUAGGUUUCGAAUAA